AUGUCUCAGACACAUUUGACACUAAGAGACAGGCAGACAGCCAUUCUCGAGAAGAUGCUCAACUUGAACAUCAAUGCUGAGAACUCAGACCUGACUGAGUCCUUGAACGGGGAAGAGAUCAUCUGGAAAGUGCUUGUUCUGGACUCGAAGAGCACAGCCAUCAUCUCCUCUGUCCUUAGAAUGUCGGACCUCUUGAGAUGUGGGAUCACAAUGCAUACACAUAUCAACGCCAACAGAUCGCCGUUACCUGAUGUUCCUGUGAUCUACUUUGUGGAGCCAACUCGUGCCAACAUUGACCAAAUUGCACAGGAUUUGAAGGAGGACAAAUAUGCAAGUUUUUAUAUCAACUUCACAUCCUCAUUAAGCAGAGACCUUUUGGAGGAUCUCGCUAAGAGCGUUGCCAUGACUGGAAAGUCAUCUAAAGUCAUGCAAGUCUACGACCAGUACUUGAGUUAUAUUGUGACUGAGCCGUCUCUUUUCUCUCUGAAAUUGCCAGAUGUCUAUGCACGUUUCGCAUCUGCAAAGACUACGGAAGAGGAGAUCAACAGCGCAGCAGACAUCAUUGCCAACGGCCUGUUUGACACUAUUAUCACCAUGGGAAGUAUUCCAAUCAUCCGCAGUCAAAGUGGUGGUCCUGCUCAGCUCGUUUCUGAGAAAUUGGAUCAGAAGUUGCGUGAUUACGUCAUUAGUACGAAGUACACCACAGGACCUGACUACUCUCAGAGACUGGUUUUAAUCUUGUUUGAUCGUAAUAUUGAUUUGGCAGCAAUGUUCUCGCAUUCAUGGAUUUACCAAUGCUUGGUGGCUGAUGUCUUCAAACUAGAAAGCAAUACCAUCACCAUUGAAACCGAAAAGGAUGGUAAGAAGACCAAGACUCAGUAUGAUUUAGAACCAAAGGACUUCUUCUGGAAUGCCAAUGCACAGCUGCCAUUCCCAGAUGCUGUGGAUAAUGCGGAUACCGAGUUGAAGAACUAUAAAGAAAAGGCUGAAGAGUUGACUCGUGGUGCUGGUGCCCAAAAUUUGGAAGACUUGGAUAACCAUAAGGAUGACCUUUUACAACAAACUGUCAACCAAUUACCAGAGCUCACUGCGCGUAAAAACAUCAUUGACAUGCAUAUGAAUGUGUUAUUAGCAUUGUUGAACGAGUUGAAGGCAAAAGGAUUGGAUUCUUUCUUUGAAAUUGAGCAAAGUUUGAGUGAUCCAAAAUCGAGACAACGUUUCCUCGAUGUUUUGAGAGACGACGGCAACACACACAACUUGGAAGACAAAUUGAGAACUUUUAUCGUUAUGUACUUGACAACAGAUCUCCCAAGUGACUACGUGUCAUCUGUUGAAAGAGAAUUUGCAAAGCAUGAAGAAUUCAACACCGCUGCACUGUCCCAUAUUAAGAAGCUCAAAGACUCCCUUCGUAUACGUAAUGCCAUGGUUAUGAAUACAUAUACAAAGGAUUCGUCCAAUGGUUCAUCUCAAGGAAACUCCGGUGCUCUAUUGUCCAGUUUGAGUUCCAAAUUGUACAACCUUGCUGACGGUAAGAUCUCAGAAGGUGUGGGUUCUUUGAUCUCCGGUGUCAAAAGACUCCUUCCAGAGAAGAAGGCCAUGCCAAUCACCAAACUUGUGGAAACUCUUAUGGAUCCAAACAACGCGACUGAAGAAUCGUUGAAAGUCACAGACGAUUACCUCUACUAUGAUCCAAAGGUGAUUAGAGGUUCUCAUUCGAGAAAGCCAAAGAGACAAACAUAUUUGGAAAGUGUUGUAUUUGUCGUUGGAGGAGGUAACUACUUGGAAUAUCAAAACUUGCAAGAAUGGGCACAGCAGAGCACCCAGCAAGGUAAUUCUAAACAAGUUGUGUACGGAAGUGACGAUAUCUACUCUCCAUCAAACUUCCUUAAGGAAAUUACACUACUUGAAUGA